AUGACUCUUGUGAACGAAAGAUCUAUUGGGCUGCUUGUGUGCGGGGGUUUCCAGGGAACUUCUGUUACUAAACAGGCCUACGACUUGAUCGUGAAAUACAACAUUUCCACUAUGAUUCUACUGAAAAAAAAUGCGCAUUCAGUGUCUCAAAUGUCUAAGCUUGUACGUGAUCUCCAAUACAUUGCGUACAACGAAGCAGGAUAUGAGUAUCCCUUGGCAUUUGCAAUUGACGAGGAAGGCGGUAUGAUGAACUCUUUAUUCGACUCCGACUCUCUAUCCCAGUUUCCAGGUGCGAUGGCACUAGGGGCUACUGGAGACCCGGAGUUGGUUUAUGAAGUUCUGCGUGCUUUGGCCAUUGAGCUUCGGCAUAUCGGCUUCCUGAUAAUUUUGGGCCCCGUGCUUGACGUUGUCAUUAAGCUUUCUCAUCAGCUAGUAUCUGUAAGGUCUUUUGGAACAACAAUCGAGGAAGUCGUCAAAUAUGGAAGAUCUUGCGCAAGAGGCUUGAGGGAUGGGGGCUUGAUAACAGUGGGUAAGCAUUUUCCUGGAAUAGGAUCCGCCCGAGUAGACUCCUUACUCGAGCUUCCAAUGAUGACCGAUUCUUUAGAUCAGAUUCGGAGAUUCAAUCUGGUUCCGUUUGCGGAGUUGAUUCGUGAGGGUUUGCUAGACGGGAUAAGUGCGGCUGGAUGUGGUGUACCGACCAUUUCACCGGACGAAACACAUGCAUGUUUGCUGCCGGUAUUAUUGACUAAACUUCUUCGGGAAGACUUAGGAUUCGAAGGGUUUGUUAUAAGUGAGUGCUUGGAAAUGGAUGCUUUAUACCACUCGAUCGGUUUGGGUCAAGGCGUGGUACUUGCGCUAUACGCUGGUUGUGACUUAGUCAUGGUCUGCCAUGACUUGAAACUACAAGUUGAAGCUAUUGAAUCGAUAAAAAUAGCUCUUGAUAAUGGCUCGCUAGACGAGCUGAUUGUCAAUAACUCCUUGACUAGAUUGGAAAAAGUGCGAAAGAAAUUACCAUCCUGGCAAGAGAUUUUUCCGGGUGGUUCUAAAGUGGAUCUGAUGCUCUUCAAGGAUGCUCACCUGAGCCUAUGGCAUGAACAUCAAAAACUCAUGGAAAAAGCAUACGGAAAGAGCAUCACUCUUGUCAGAGACUUCGAAGGCGUGCUUCCUCUUUCACAGUACGUUGGCAAGGAUCCGCGUGAUAGUAUCUUGAUUUUGACGCCUUUACUCAAACCCAUCUAUUCCAAUCCAGGAGAAGGAAUGGACCAAAAAAAUGAGCUUUAUCAGGGAGAAGAAGUUUUCAGGGAAUUCGGCUCUCUCUUGUCCCUGCAUCCGAAGAAUAUGCAAAAGGAUAUUAAUGUGCUUCAUACGACAUACACCGCCAACGGUCUUACAGCUUUGCAUGAGCAAUUGAUUGACUACUCAAAGGCAGUCAUCGUAAUAACAUCAGAAGCACAGAGAAACAUGUAUCAAAUCGGCAUUGUUAAGUACAUUUCCAUGCUUUGUGGAGCAACCCCUCUGUCACUAUCGCGGGCGAAUGGUAGAGUGCAGCUUGAAAAGCCGUUGGUUAUUGUUGCCACACUGUCGCCUUACGAUUUUUUCUACAACAAGUGCAUCGGAUCAGUUUAUUUAUGUUGCUUUGACUAUACAAAACAAGCAUUGAAGGAAUUGGCAAAUGUUUUGAUGGGGGAGAAAGUGGCUGAAGGAUGUAUACCGGGAGAAAAGAGAUUCGCCGCUGAGAAAUCAAAGAAAAGGCGCUUGCUGAGUUUACUCACACCAAAUCCCGAGAAGAUUCAGGUCAAAGUGAGGAAGUCGAUCCCACCCAAGAGAAUUUGGCUAGUGGAUGAAAUGAAUGUUGCGAGAGAUUGGAAAGGUCUACUAAAAUUGUGCAAAAACAAUAGUCGGACUCUAAGCCUGGACACAUUUCUCAGAAAGUUUUUCCAGCUUCUACACAUCAGUCAACCGCAUCAGAAGCACUUCGUUGUGAGAAAUUCAUCUCUUAACAUAAUCUAUGGGCUAGUAAUGACCUGGGUUGAUGUUCUGAAAUCUGAUGAUAAGCUUGGAAAAAUAUUUUUCAUUUUGGUCGACAGGUCCAAAAGGUUGCAGCUGAUAGGUAAGUGCCUUCACAUACGUGCCCUAAGGUAUCUUAUCGACGAGGAACUAUGCACAAAGAUACGGCUUGGAAGUCUGUUUCCUCUCUUGGAGUUUUUGGGUGACAAUGCAUUUGCUGACGACGGGAAACUAACUUCUUUCUUCAACAAUGCAGGCUGGGCAAUAAGCGAGUCAACGUUUCUGAGAAAGGAGUACGUGAUGGUGUUGCAAAACUUGACAGAAUGGAGUGUUCCUACAAAAAUAUUUCGAGAGCUCACCAUUGUUGGAAUCAGAUUCGACGUCUGCUUACAGCCAACAAGAUUGCAAGAAUUUUUAGACCGUGUUGCCGGGAACAGAAAAAGCCAGCAAAUAUAUCAAGCUUUCAUUGAAGCAUUGUUCCGAAUGGAUCCAUCUAAUGCACAGGAGACUAAGAUUAUUGUUGCUUUGGAGCCUACAAAUCUCACCGUUAUUGGUAGCAUCAUUGUGUUCAGCAGUAAGAGUUGGCUAUCAGGGUUUUUUCCUGCAGUGGAAUCCGAAGUCAGCCUGAACGAGAAAGCGACAUUUCGGGGAGGGAUUGUGAGCCCGUUGGUUGAUCUGUCAUAUUCAAACUUGACUGAAAUUUUCAAGUACGGGCUUAUUUGCUCUGCAGUCACGAGCCUCAGGACCAAUUUUUCAGAAGCAGCUAUUGACGACCAGAAAAACAAGUGCUUUCUAAUUGACUACGCUGACGAGAAUUCCUAUGCCGGGUACCAAGAUCUAGGAUUCGAAAAAUGGCGUUCAUACCGAGCUUUCUAUGACGAAUUUUCUCGUAAGGAAGCUUUAGUGGAGGAACCUCAGAAGACACUCUAG